AUGUGCGGGGCUAGAAACACGAGAGGCAUUCGAAUCGAGGGAAGCGCAUCAUCGAUCGGCGAACUGGUCAACGAUGAUAGAGUACCUACAAGACCGGAAUGGUUAUCCUUCGACGCGCUGUCGACCACUAACGACGGUAAAGAAGCUGAUGGGAACCGUAAUGUUGUCAAUUGGGGUGUCGAAAAGAUGCACCCACGCUACGUAGGGACCUGCUCACUAUCCAUGAACAACUCAACCGAGAAUAGCAAUAUAUUGCUCUUCCUCCAGAACCUCAAAGCGACUUACAGCAUUGACAAGGCAGCCAGACAAAAACAAGGCCAGAGUGGCUAUUUCGAGGCACUUAAAUUACCCCAGCAAGCCAGAACCAACUGGGAUUACUAG